AUGGACAUCAGCAGUUCUCAGAUUGCCACUCAUGAGAAGAAAGCUCAUGAUAACUGGCUCAAAGCUUGUGCUGCAGAAAGAGCUAUAGCUGAAGAGAGAAGGGAAGCUGCUAAUUUGAGACAUAAAUUAUUGGAAAUGACCCAAAUGAUGGCAAUGCAGCAAGAUGAACCCGUGAUUCUAAAACCAAUGGCGGGAAGAGCAAAGACACAAAAUCCUCCCCGGAGAGGUCUACUGAGCCAGAAUGGGUCUUUUGGCCCGUCCCCUGUGAGUGCUGGAGAAAGUUCCCCUCCACUGACAGCAGAGCCAGCUGGGAGACCUGUCUCUGCUACUCUGAAUGGAAGAGAUAUGGGUAGAAGUGAAUUUGGGUCAAUGGAUGGACCUUUUCCUCAUCCUCAAUGGUCUUCUGAAGUAUCUGGGAAAUGCUUUGCCUCUGACCUGGGACGUGGUCCAGCUCCCGUGAACAGCACCUCCAGGAGCUUUUCUCCAGCCAAGGUGAUGGGUGAGGCAAGGUUAAUGUGGCUACCAAAGGGCCCCCUCGUUUCCCAGGGGUCUCUCUCAUGGGCUCCUCUGUGGGAGGGCCCCUACCACCACCUGUUCGAUAUGGACUGCCACCUCGACCACUUCCUGGGCCACUUCCUUGGCCACUUCAGCUCGUUGGGCCUUUUGGACCUCCACCAUUUGGUCCUGGUGUCCAUCCACCACUAUGCUUAAAAGAAUAUGCACCAGGCAUUCCACCUGGAAAAUGGGAUCUGCCUCUUGACCUUCGGGAAUUUUUGCCAGGACCCGCACCACUUAGACCUUUAGGUUCAUUUGGUCCAAGAGAGUACUUCAUUCCUGGUACCCGAUUACCACCCCCAAACCAUGGUCCCCAAGACUACUCACCGUCACCUGCUGCAAGAGACUUGACACCUUCAGGCUCUAGAGAUGAGCCUUCAUCUGCCUCUCAGAGCAGUAGACAGGACUGUUCGCAGGCUUUAAAACAGCCUGUAACCAUGACCUCUGACACUUAGUCAGAAUGUGGGACUGUGCACUCUUCAUUGUGUAAAGGAAUUAUUGGCUUCGAAAUCCAAAAGUCUUAAGGGUUUAUUUUUAUAACUAAGGUGCCUUGGCAUUGUGUGCAUUUUUGAGUCAAAAAAUUCUAAACUAUCAUUACCCUUUUAAAUAAUGAUUACCUCUUAAGCUAAUGUAGCCUUCCAACUUUGAAGUGUGCAAUAAGGAAUACCUGUGUUUUAGUUAAAGUAGCAUAUAUAAUUGCUAAAAGAUUUAGAAUGUUGUAAAAUAUGAACAUUUCCUGUGGAAAUGCUUUAAGAUCAUAUAUUUCCAUUAUCCUAUUUUGAGUGCAGUCCAGUUGAUGGAGAGCAAUGGUGUUCAUAAGCUUGAUGUUUCUAUUGUAAUAUCUGGUCACAUUGUUAUGCUAAAAAUGUUUACUCAACUUAUUUCCUAAACUUAUUCCCCUUAUUGCUGAAGUUCUUUGUAAUGAUAGUAAAUAAAAGAUUGUUUAUUAAUAUUC